CGCAUCCAGCGGCCCUCACUUAUACAUACAUGUACAUGUAGAGUUCUGAAAAGUGCUCUAGCUAGCUAGUUGACCCAACCUAACCUCAACUGACCCCACCUGACCAGCCUUCGAUACGGGUAGCAGCCAUGGCGCCACCGUAGCCUGCAGCACUGGCAACUCGACUCAGCUCGGACUUACAGUACAAGCAGAGCCAGCAGUCCGGUUGUCGGUGAAGCAAAGGUUUAUCUCAGACGAUGUUAAUGUUAACAGCUUUAGCCGCUUAAAAGAAGAUACAGAUUGUAUGGUCCAAAUCCCACGAUCUUUUCGUCUUCAAAAGGCCUCAUAACGUCAUUGGCAGAUGGGCUGUCAAACCCUCACAGCCAGAAGAACCAUCCCCCUCAUUUAUUCAUGAUUCAUCGAGCAAAGUCAACGUUUACUAUAGCUACUAGCUAGCAGCUAAUUAGAGAACUCCCCUCCUAGCUAGCUAGUCAACACUACUACCAAAAUGCUGCACUAUCCUUCGCUAUGGUUGUUCCUGGUGUGUCUGUGUUUGUUCACCACACCCUGGUUGGUCCAUGCCAGCACUGCCGCUAGUAGUAGUAAUAAUGCUAUUUCCAAAAUUGGUCGAGGCGGUGCCAAACGGCAUGCGAAAGGCCCCAUGGCGACGUUUGUCCAGACCGUGAUGGACGCCCGAAGACACUUGGUGGCGGCCGCCGUGGCUCGAUCGACGUCCAUCUUUGCCAUGUACCCUGUGGAUACCAUCAAGACACGCAUUCAAAUGGAUCAACCCAAUCCCUUUCGAUUGCAGGGAAUGUACAAGGGAGUCGAUGGAUCCUUGUUGGGGCAGGUACCCUAUGGUGUCCUCACAUUUGGCUCGUACGAAGUCUACAAGAAUGCGUUAUUGGAACGCUUCCCCAAUACUCGUCCCAUUUUUCUGUACGCCCUCUCGGCCAUUCUGGGCGAUCUGACCGGAUCCGGGAUUCUCUGUCCCUCCGAAGUCAUUAAACAACAAAUGCAGGCAGGCAUGUAUUCUUCCACCACCGAAGCAUUUACUCAAAUUGUCAAAACCAAAGGCAUUGGCGGAUUAUACCAAGGAUACCUCGGAGGUUUGACCCGAGAUGUUCCCUUUCGUGUCGCACAAUUGACCACUUACGAAGUCACCAAGAAUGCCUAUCUCAAAUUCAAACACUUCAAAUUACAACAACAAUCAUCAACCAAAACAUCCAAAUCAACUUCAUCCGCCUCCUCAUUGGAAUUAAGUCCGGUUGAAGCGGCAUUGUGUGGUGCCGUCGCGGGAACCUUUUCGGCCGGAAUUACGGCGCCCUUGGAUCGUAUCAAAACCUUGCUCAUGACCGAUAGUAAUGCGUAUGGUGGUACGGUUGCGUCUUGUGCCGCCAAGAUUUGGAGAGAGGAAGGCAUUCCAGGAUUUGCCACCGGAGUCGUACCACGGGUCACCUACAUUGCUCCGUCCGUUGUCAUUUUCUUUAUUGCCUACGAACAGGUACAACAACGAUUGAAACAUCGUUGGACCACAACACCGACGGUAGCAGGGACACGAAAGAAGUAAAACAAGCAGAAGCAAUCAAUGCAAAUAAAUAAAUAAACUAC